AUAAACUGUAGACGGAAGUCUGUUUCUCAGCCGAUAGCACAACAAUCUCCAAAUGAUACGCUUAAAAUGGUGCUGCUACUGCAUUGCACUACGCAAGGCGUGCAUAAUCAUCGCCUGUUUAGACUUUGUUACUAACUUAACCAUCGCCACCAUUGGCGCAAAAUAUCAUUUCAUCGAUAGGAUUGAGCAGGCGGUGGCUAUUUGUCACUGCAUUGGCUGUGUCUUCCUGAUAGGCGGGGCUCUGCUCAAAUCAUCCGUUCUGCUGAUCUUCUUCCUCAUUACCAGCCUGACCAACUAUGUCAUCUUGAUCGCCUAUAUCAUCUACAUUUGCUUUGAUUGGGUACCCAAGGGGCAGUUUAUACUGCCUACCAUUAUAAUUUAUACAUGUGGGUUUCCUUUAUUCUCGAGCACCUGCUCCUGCUCACAUACUUCCUGUUUUCCAGUUGUUGGCAUAUACUUUGGCUCGUCGUCUUCUCCCAUUAUAAAAACGUGACCGCCGAUACUGUAACGAUUGAUGUAUAAUCGCUUAAUGUUGAUCUUUAAAUCGAAGCUAAGUAAUUAAAAUUCGCAGUGAUUAUCUCAUUAUAA